GUUCUUAUUGUGUCAGACUUGACUCGGGUCUCGUCGGCUCAUUUCGGCUCUGAGCUCCGAGUUCCUGUCACUUCAGUCUCUGCUCGUGUCGGCGGCCGUCUGUUUGUCCAGCCGUUAGCGCUUCGUUUGCUUGUUUGUUGACGUCACCGUUGUUACCGAAUUACCACUUUUUACCACGCGCGAGCGGAGUCACCGGCGGGACCAGGACCCAAACCUGGACGGGGAUCAGGAUCAGGAUAAGGAUCAAGAUCAGGGUCAGGAUCAGGUCGGUCCAUCGUCAAAAUCCCUGAAAUCUCAGUGGUCCCAGUAUGAGCGUUCAGCCCCGGAGGAUCCGUCUGAAACCCUGGCUGCUGGCUCAGGUGAACAGCAGCAGGUAUCCUGGUCUACAGUGGCUCAAUUCAGACCAGCGACUCUUCCAGAUCCCCUGGAAACACGCAACACGCCACACGCCAACGUCCGAGGAGGAAAACACCAUCUUCAAGGCGUGGGCUCUGGAAACAGGUAAAUAUCAGGAAGGUGUGGACGAGCCCGACCCUGCCAAGUGGAAAGCGAACCUUCGCUGUGCCCUCAACAAGAGCCGAGAGUUUCAGCUGAAGUACGACGGAACGAAGGAGACUCCGGUCCAACCGUACAAGAUCUACGAGGUCUGUGAUCAGCCCCCCAACGCAGAAGCUGCUGAAGACGAUGAAGAUGAGAUGCCGAAUCUGAUGGACCUCACGAUCAACCCCAGGAUCAGUGACUCCUUCACCUCCUUCCCGGCUCACAGUGACAUGAGCCAGUUCACUUCCACCAACGGGACCUUCGGACCUCCACACGUCAUCCCCGUACCGCUACACCCCAUGACCCCUGACCUCCCCAUGACCUCUGACCUCCCUCAGCAGGACUUCCAGCCUCAGGGCCAGAUGGUGGAUCAGGGGAGCUUCGUCCAAGACCUGAACUCCUUGCCCCCCCCGGCUGUCUUGGCCCCGAUGGAGGCCGGCACGAUUGGGGUCCAGAACCAGUCCUGCAAGUACGACCUCCUGAGCAGCAUCCCACUAACGGAUCUCGACCUGAAGUUCCAGUACCGCGGCUGGCCAAUGGGCUCUCUGACUGUCAGUAACCCUCAGGGCUGCCGGCUGUACUUCGGACACCUGGAGCCGUCUCCGGAGCGGGUCGAACUGUUCGGACCCAUCACCCUGCAGCAGGUCCGGUUUCCAGGGACGGCUGAGAUCCAGAAUCAGAAGCAGCGGUUCUACACUGAGGCCCUGCUGGACGUAAUGGACCGUGGCCUGAUCCUUGAGAUCUGGGAGCAAGACAUCUACGCAGUCCGCCUUUGUCAGUGCAAAGUGUUCUGGUCUGGACCGGGCAUACUCGAACAGGGUCCUCCAAAUCCCAUGGAGAGGGAGAAGAAGAUCAAAGUGUUCAGCCUCAACGACUUCCUGCAAGGGCUGAUCUUGUUCCAGAGGGGCGAAGCGCCGAACCCUCCGCCCUUUGAGAUCUACUUCUGUUUCGGGGAGGACUGGCCCGACAAGAAACCCAAAGAGAAGAAACUCAUCAUCGUGCAGGUGGUUCCUGUUGUGGCUCGGAUCCUCACAGAGAUGUUCUCUGGAGAACUCAACUGGUCCACAGACAGCAUCCGGCUGCAGAUCUCAAACCCGGACGUGAAGGACCAGACGGUAGAACAGUUCAAGGAGCUUCAGAGGCUCCUGCAGAGUCAAAACAUCCAGGGGCCCUGGACCCCAAACGGCCCCUCAACAGGACUCUGACAGUGGGAACGGCUGAUGGGUGUCUCAUCAGGUCCAGGACCAGGGAGGUCCGCUUCCUGUUAAGGUUCCAGUACUAAAGCGUCUCACUGUGAACUGAGAUCCUGAUCACUUUAGGUUGUCUGUCCUGGAUUUGUUGGUCUACAAAGGUUUAAACAGAUUGAUCAACAAUAAUCAGAAUAAACUUCGGAACAGCGGAGAGAAAAGUUUAAUUAGUAAACAAACAUGAAUCUGAUGAAGUCGAGCUCGUCGAGUCAUCCGCUGAUCAGCUCUAAAGGAAAUGUGAUGUGAAGUGAGUUGCUGAUCAAUAACACAUCUGAGUUUUAAACUGCUUUUAGAUGAUUUCAAUAAACGCCGCUGCAGUAUUCUUUCAUACCACUUCACAUUCUUCUUCACUUUGUUUUAAUAAAGCUGAUUAAGAUCAAG